AUGGCGUCAUCUUUUAACUUAAUCAAAAUUGAUUCCUCACCUAGUAUGAGUGAUUCUCUACUAAGUACAUCAAGUAACGAAGGAUGCGAAUUGUCUAUCAAAACACAUACUGUAUUUGGCACUUCAAGAGUACAAACCCGAAAGAAACGUAGCAUUGAUUCAUCUUUUCCUUCGUUAAAAUAUCCAGACUUUCCUGUGAAAACUCUAUGUACUAGUUGUAGUAAACUUAUUACUACUCAGAUUCAUCAUAAAAAUGGAAAAUUUGUAUAUAUAUUAGCCAUGGGAUUAUUUAGUUUGACUGUGGUAUUAUUCUGGGUUCCUUUUGUUGUAGAUUCUUGUAAAGAUGUGACACAUAGUUGUCCAAAUUGUGAUUCUUGUCAAAAUCUUAUUUUGGACGACCAAUCUGAAUUUUCAUUGUUAGAAAUUACCAAUGAUGUUUAUUUAGAUUCUCAAAGUGAUGUUACUAUUGAGGAAAUACUUAAUCCUCCUAUUGAUUUAAAUUUAUGCUCAUUACCAACAGAAAUACUUUUGAGAAUCUUGUAUGAACUUAUUUUAUCCGAAUCUCCUAAUCCUCCAAAAACUGCUGUAACUUCUUUACCUUUAGUAUGCAAGAUCUUUUACAAAUUAUCACAUGAUCGUAUCGUAUGGGAACAGGUUUUCAUGUCUGAAUAUGAUGUUUCGGCAAGAAAACGGCGUUUUGUCACGUGUAAUUUUAGAAAAAUUUUCUUUCAACGUUCUCAAUUAAAUGUUGAUGCUAUAGAUUCUAGUCUUCACGCUUUGGAAAGUUAUUCUAUCAAUGAUUUAUCUCAGAAUGAAUCUACUUUAAAUAAUGUCUUGAAUGCUUUGACUUGUCUAUGGGUUCUUGUUUCUGAAAAUGACGGGAGAAACUCAAAAAAACUCCUUGAAAUGCGUGCUCCUGAAUUUUGUUCUCAAGUCUUUCAUCUAUUAUAUGCUGACAUGGACUCUUCAUUAAAACAUCUUGCUUGCAUAUUUAUAUCUAUUAAAAUUAUAUCAAUGUUAUUAGUCUUUGGAUUAGGUCCAUUUGAUAGUAUUAUAGAACGUAUUGCUGCCAAAUUACGAGGACGUGUAAUUCGUUGGGACCCUAAUAAUGAUGUUGUGUUUCCUAUGCUUGAUUGUCAUGCUUUACAUAUUUAUCUUUUAUACUUUGCUAAUGAAGAAAGAAAACCUACUAUUCCUGAAUCAAAUAUUUUUGAUUCAAGAAAAUGUGAUAAAUGGUUACAAUGGACUCAUAUGGUUGAU